UUUGGUAUGUGUUUUUGCUGACGGUGAAGACACGGGUUCCGCAUUCGGAGUCUGUUGUUGUGCUUCUUGUCAGGCGGACCUCAGCCGCUGAAGAUGAUGGAGCAUUCAGCAUCAGACUCAGAAACUGAAGAUCAUGAUCAGCCUUUACUUCGCCGGAAAGAUACCGGAGACAUUCAGAAAGCUCCUGCUUGUUUCUCCUCACGUUACGGGUUGGCCUUUUUGUCCUGUUAUGGCUUCUUUGUGGCAUAUGCCCUCAGGGUGAACCUUAGUGUGGCAAUGGUGGACAUGCUGAAAAACAGAUCCAGCGCCAACACCAGUUCCUCCGUCUGUCCUCAUCACAGCAGCCCUGUACCUAAACACAAUCACACCGCCAGUGUGUAUGACUGGGAUUCAGAGACUCAGGGCUGGAUCCUGGGCUCUUUUUUCUAUGGAUAUAUACUUACUCAGAUACCAGGUGGCUACUUGGCACGCAAAUAUGGUGCCAAGUGGCUCUUAGGUUUUGGCAUCCUUUGCACUGUGAUCUUCACCCUGCUGACUCCAGUAGCCGCUGAUCUGGGAGCUGGUUACCUCAUUGCUGUCAGGGUGAUGGAAGGUAUUGGGGAGGGAGUGUCAUAUCCUGCUAUGCAUGCAAUGUGGGCGUCAUGGGCACCACCUCUAGAGAGAAGUCGACUGCUCACUGUCUCUUACACAGGUGCUCAGCUGGGAACUGUAGUUGCUCUCCCUCUUUCUGGUCAGAUAUGUUUUUACCUAGACUGGACAUACGUCUUUUAUAUAUUUGGAGCUGUUGGACUUCUUUGGUUUGUCCUUUGGUCUUGCUUAGUCAGUAACAGUCCCAGCUCACACAAAAGGAUAACAGAGGCUGAGAAGACGUACAUAAUUGCAUCUUUAAAAAAUGAACUGUCGCCAACCACAGAUUACAUCCCAUGGACAUCAAUCCUCAAGUCUUUGCCAUUAUGGGCCAUAGUUGUGGCACACUUCUCCUACAACUGGACAUUUUACACUCUGCUGACUCUCUUACCCACCUACAUGAAUGAUAUUCUUGGAUUCAGCAUCCAGCAGAAUGGAAUGCUCUCGGCUCUGCCCUACCUUGGUUGUUGGUUGCUGGCUUUGCUAGGUGGACAACUGGCAGACUUCCUGAGAGAGAAAUGUCUUAUUCGCACUGUAAUUGUGCGCAAGGCUUUCACUAUAGUAGGAAUGGUGGGACCAGCCGUCUUCCUGGUGGCUGCUGGCUACACUGGCUGUGACUACUUCUUGGCCAUUGCCUUCCUCACCGUCUCUUCCUCUCUAGGGGGCAUUUCAGCAUCUGGAUUUAACAUCAACCAUUUGGAUAUUGCUCCCUCCUAUGCUGGGAUAUUGCUUGGGAUCACAAACACAUUUGCCACUAUACCUGGAAUGGUGGGCCCAGUAAUAGCAAGAUCUCUGACCAAAUCUAACACCAUUCCAGAGUGGCAAAUUGUCUUCUACAUCUCUGCAGCGAUCAAUAUAUUUGGAGCAGUUUUCUUCACAAUAUUUGGCAAGGGCACAGUCCAGCCUUGGGCUGUCCAGAGAAUAAACAUCCAAUGAAACAUAUCUACCAUUAGCCAUUUCCAAAAGGAGAAAGGGACGUACCUGUUGUAAAUUCCAUAGAUAUCCUAUAGCUAAUUGCAUAUGGUUUGCAAACUAAUGAAUAUUGCACAAUCCAAUGUUGUUAUUUUUUCAAACAUACCAACAAACACCAUAACUUAAGAUAAUUUUAUUGGUAAAUCUGUAUUUGUUAAACACUUCAGUAGUUUUUAAGAAUUUUUUCUAUUCUUUUUUUUUUUUUUUCCCAAAUGAAGGUGCGAUAAAUGAAAUAGGUGAAGGGAAUAUUACACAUAUGUAUCAUUAUGGUACAUUCAGUCAUGAUAAGGAGAAAAGGUUUAAUCACACUACCAUUGUCUGAUUCCUAUACAAAACACUCAUGAGCUGAGCCUGUUUAGUGAAUCAAAUGCCUGUAUGAAUCAGUCAGAUAGGUUCAUGAAAUAUUCUGACUCACAUCAUAUCCAACUCAAGAAUUGGUUUGAACUACUUAAAGGGAUAGUUCACCCAAAAAUGAAAAUUCUCUCAUCAUUUACUUCACCCUUAAGUUGUUCCAAACUUCUAUUAAUUUCUUCUGUUGAACACAAAAGAUGAUAUUUUGAAGAAUAUGGUUAAUCAAACAGUUGAUGGAACCAAUUGACUUCCAUAUGGAGAAAAAAAAAAAUACUACGGAAGUCAGUGGGGUCCAUCAACUGUUUGGUUUCCGACAUUCUUCAGAAUAUCUCCUUUUGUGUUCAGUAGAAGAAAGCAAUUCCUACAGGUUUGGAACAAAUUGAGGGUGAAUAAAUGACAGAAUUUUAAUUUUUGGGUGAACUAUCCCUUUAAGGAUUGUGAGACCCAAUGUAGUUUACUUGUAAGAACUAAUUUUACUUCUGUUCUGUUGAAAACUGAAAUAUUUGUUUGGCAACAGAGCGCUGAAUCCAGUAAAUGCAAUAAGAAUUGCAUUUUCCCUCAAAUACAUUAAAAUAAUCGUUAAGGAACGGGAAUCUUUUACGAUGAUCAUCCCUAUGAAAUAUGCCUUAUUGUAGGCCUAUGAUUAACACAACAUGCCUUAACCAUGCUCAAGGAAUAGAUCAACAAGGGAGAUUUUAGUUUAAUUCAUGUCUGGUUUUUACAUUUUAGCCUUUUUGUACAGUAUACCUGAAUUAUGUUUACAUUUUUUAUUUCUUUGUUUUGUGCAAUCGUUAAAACAAAAUGACGUUUGUUGACCUGUCAACUGUCAAGACACUGCAAGCUUCAUCACCUGUCAAAUAAGUGUACAUUUAAUAAAAUUAUUGCACUCGUUUA